CACACUUCAUUUCCAUCCUCACCUCCGCCCUCGCGACACGUAUCACACUUUAAUUUGCCCAACAAAUUAAAUCUAACGACGUCUCAAUUUUUUUUUGUCCCAAAUUCACUCACCUUUGUCACAAAAGUGGGUUCGUUGGGUUUGUUUCCUUGAACAAAAACACAACGGUUUUCUCAAGUUAAUUGUAAGCUCAUAUCAGGAGAUGUCUGGCCGAAGAUCGAGGCAGUCGGGGACUUCGAGGAUUUCCGAUGAUCAGAUCAUCGACCUCGUUUCCAAGUUGCAGCAGCUCUUACCCGAGCUUCGCGCCCGUAGAUCCUCCAAGACAUGUGCUUCGAAAGUGUUGCAGGAGACGUGCAACUACAUAAAGAAUUUGCACAGAGAGGUUGACGAUUUGAGCGAGCGCCUUUCCCAACUCCUCUCCACCAUUGAUGCUGAAAGCCCGGAGGCUUCCAUCAUCAGGGGAUUGAUCACCUGAUCGAUCGAUCUCCCACCAUUAUCGAUCUAUUAUUUCCUAUAUCAAUAAUAAUAAUCCAUAUAU